AUGCAAAAAGAGAAGCUUUCGGGCCACCAGAACUUGAACGAUACAUCAACUCAACAUGAGUCUGAUGGCUUACGAUCGAAGAUGAAGGCAAAGGCCAAGCGACUGCUUAGAAUUGACGAUGGCAAUUCCUCGUCCGGUGAUAAUGAGGAAGACCAGUACUUUGAUGCUAUAGUGGAGGGGAUCAAUCAGAGCGCUGCUUUCGAUGCAGAUAAUGCGCUCAAUACCCCCAAAGUGGGAAAAGGAUCGCGGAUGGAAAGAACGAAGAAAGCUUUGCGGGGGACCGCUGACGCUAUCAUCCAUCCCGUCGCAUCAGCCCAAUCGAGAGCUACGAGGGAGACUGCAGGAGAAUUGGCCAAAAGUCGACCAUAUCUGUCUAAUCAAGCAAACCUUGACUUUCUUGAAGCCCACGAUGAUCUACAGCAAGCCAGGGACGCCCAGAAUACUAGCAAAAUUACAACCCAGGAAAAUCAAGACAACAUUGACCAUUGCGAAGAGAAGGUCCAAGCAAUUGAGCGAAAAAGAGAGGAAAUGCGUGUUGCUUGGGUCACCGACAGACAUGUUCAACGAGUUCGAGCCGUUGAUAAGGUACCUCCACCAUUCCCACCCGAUCGAUAUUUCGAGACGCAAGAUGAUCAUGGGUUUACAGAAUUUAAUUGGGCAAAAUGGAUUGGAUAUAAACUUCUCCACGAGUCGCACAGUUUCACGGCGCAAUAUAUCGACGAUUUUGAAGAGCUUCCCUUCAACAUAGACACCUUGCGCCGGGAUAUAGAAAGAAUCAUUAUAGUUAGUGCUCCGCUACAGGAGGUCAUGUUGGACAUCAGGAGAAUCUACAGAUGGGAGGACCAAUGGCGAACAUCUAAAUGGUUAAUUUCGUAUCUAUUGCUUUGGUAUUCAUCGUACAUGAUGUCAUUCUUGUACGCAUAUAUUGUCUACAAGACGGCGAAGAACUAUUAUUAUCCUUCCUCUGUGGAUACAUUGCGAGAAGAAUUUUCAAGGAGUUUUGAUGAGGGAUCGGCUCUGAAAGCUGGAGAACUUAUGGACAAGCAUGGAGAAAAAGACUGGCUGGGACCUCUUUUGGAACAACUCGGCCCAUUUCUACAACUUCAAAUCGCGGAUCUAGCUAACUUACUUGAGGUCUACGACAGUUUCUUUUACUUCCGCCGACCACAAAACACACUGUUUUCUCUUUCCAUGUUUGUCGCAGUAUUCUUGAUUAGUGCUUGUACCUCGAUACAGUUCACCAUGAGAAUGCUCUGGUUUGGGGUUGGGCUUGUGUUUUUUGGUUGCUGGCCUAUCAGCUCUUUAUACCCCCGAUAUCGCCUGCUUGUUUCGCCGCUCAAGUGGGCUUUUUGGGAUAUUCCCACAUACCCAGAAUGGGCUCUUCAGUAUCUUCAGGACCGUGGAUCUUCAGCCUUGAGAGAAAUCAACUCACAGCUAUCGAAAAAUUUCAAUGGACGAAUCGGAAGUGCCGAGGUAGUGGUGGCAACAGCGGAACACGAUACAGAUAGUCCCAGAAUCGAGAAACAUGUCCAAACUGUUACUGUUAGUUCGGAAAAUAUGCACGAAGGACAUAAAGACAUUCUGUCAUUUGGUUGCACUUACCAUAACAUCCCAGGGCACCUCAUAGUCUCCACCGACACCAUCCGCUUUGAAGCUGCAGCACCUAACAUUCUACCCCGCGAAUCAUUCCAUAAACCGUACAGCGAACUAAUCGAGAUGUCAAAAGAACAGACUGAUAGUGUGCUACUGGCUUCGUUGGCUUCGUUGGCAAAAGUAACCACGGGGAAAGAUAAGUUAGAGUUGAGGUUUCGUGGGGAGGAAGGGCUCUAUCUGCACGAUGCGAGGCAAAAUGGGCAUAUGGUUGUGCUGCUAGAAAAUAUGAGGCAAAGAGACAAGGCAUUCAAUAGUAUCAUAGCUUUUAGCAGCGGAGUGAGAUGGCAGUGUUUACAAAAGGCAACGGGAAAACAUGUUGGCGCGGAAAACCCAAUAUCGAACGCAAGUCGUUCGUAG